CUUGUUUCCAAUCGCGAUCGCGGUCUCAAAGCUGAAGGGUAAAUCAUAAAUGUUUCUGCGCUGCUCUUCGAGUUCGAGUUCGAGUUAGAGUUCGUCGUCUUCGGUCUGAAACACGAAGACUGAGUCACCGCACUAAGUACCUUAACCAUGAGUCGAGGAAGUGGAGGAGGAUACGAUCGUCAUAUUACUAUUUUCUCUCCCGAAGGUCGUCUCUUCCAAGUGGAGUAUGCUUUUAAGGCUGUUAAGUCUGCUGGUAUUACCUCAAUUGGCGUCCGAGGGAAGGAUUCCGUCUGUGUUGUUACCCAGAAAAAGGUUCCGGACAAGCUCUUGGAUCAGACAAGUGUUACUCAUCUAUUUCCCAUCACAGAGUACCUUGGUUUAUUGGCAACUGGGAUAACAGCUGAUGCUAGGACGCUGGUUCAGCAAGCAAGGAAUGAAGCAGCCGAGUUUCGCUUUACAUAUGGAUAUGAGAUGCCUGUCGAUGUGUUGGCCAAAUGGAUUGCUGACAAGUCACAGAUCUACACUCAGCAUGCUUACAUGAGACCGCUUGGAGUAGUUGCUAUGGUCUUGGGUAUUGAUGAAGAAUAUGGACCUCGACUUUAUAAAUGUGAUCCAGCUGGUCAUUACUUUGGUCACAAGGCCUCCAGUGCUGGAUUAAAAGAGCAAGAGGCAAUUAAUUUCUUGGAAAAAAAGAUGAAGAAUGAUCCUUCAUUUACCUAUGAAGAGACAGUACAGACUGCUAUAUCGGCACUGCAAUCUGUUCUGCAGGAGGAUUUUAAGGCCACUGAAAUUGAGGUAGGAGUAGUGCAAAAGGAAAAUCCAAAGUUCAGGGUUUUAUCCACGGAGGAGAUCGAUGAACACUUGACUGCUAUUAGUGAGCGUGACUGAUUUCUAAGUGAUCUUUACAUGUGAACAAUAUUCAUGGUUUUUUUUUAUGUUAGUUUAAAUCUUAAUGAUCGAACAUGUCAGUGGUUUCAUGUUACCUGAGCUGCCCGAUGUCACUGCUACAUUGAGCUGGAAGUGAAAGAUAGUAAGUUUUGUUUGAAUAUAUUGAAUAUUUCAUGCU